ACAUCCUUGAGAAAUUUCGUUAGUAGAAGAUUCCAAUCGACAAGGAGGUGAUAAACAGAGACACUUGGGUGAAGUGCGAUGGGGCGUGUGGGCGGAGUUGCGCGUGGGUUGAAAAAUUAAGGGAAAAGGAAAAAUAAGUUAACGAGCGCGGAGUGCGAUGAUGUCAUUGCCCCGACAGGUUAUGAGCAGUGCGCGCCGUGGAUGUCAAGAUGGCUGCCACGUACAUCUGAUCGGAGGUUUGUGCGCUCGGGGGAUUUGACGCCGAACUGUGAUAAAAGGGGCUGUCUUUCUCGUGUUGCUGACAUGGUGACAGUACGAAGUUAGUCGGCCUGUAUCCAUGAGCACCACUUUGUACACCCUCGAUGAUAGUUUUUGUCGUCGCGGCCGCCGGCGGCUCGCAUUGAACCAUGUUCAGCAAAAAACUUCACGUAGACGUCAAAAAGUCAACACUGAAGAUUCAGGAUGUUAAGAAGGACAGCGCAACUCGGUUCAAGCAUCUUAAGAUCGUACUAGAAAAUGUGGACACUGAUGAAGCAAAGGGGUUUUUUGAGGGCAACUUCAGUCAUGUCUAUUUUAUUCUAUAUGAUUGUUUUGUGUCAGCUGAAACAAAUUUGCGACAACGAGAACUUUCCUUCCACAUUGUGCAUAAAGCACAUAGGGAGGAGUUGGAGCAGGUAUUACAACUCUUGGAAAAGGUUUUAACACUUCUCCCUGAACUUCUUAAUAGAAGGUGGCAAUGUCAUAGUCUAGCAAGGAUUUUGCAAAAGCUUUUACAUCCUGGUAAUAGUUGGAAACUCAGAAGAGAAGCUAUAAGAUACUUUAUUUUAUGGUACCAAGCACUUGGUGAAAAUGCUCCUGAUCACAUUCAUCAAAUGUUUGCAAGCUUAAUACCAGGGUUUCCGCCUCAACAACCAUCUCCUUAUAAGUCUGAACGUAAGAUAGAUGGAAAAAAAGAUAAACUUGUCAAAGUUAUUGGUUGUGAUGAUAAAGAUAAGAAGGAAUUUUAUGAUACGCAAUUGUCACAAAGUACUUUUCAUGACAAUGGUUCAUACCAGUGUCCUGUCACUCCAAUUGAUAGUGGACCUAUUUUACCCCCACAAAGUGGGGAAAAGCCUCUUGAUAAUGAGACUGUUCGAUUUUUAGAAGCAUUACUUGAAUUUAUGGUUACUCAGGUUGUAAAGAUAGAAUGGAGAGAUAAAUCUUCGCGACAGCACAAAACUUUUCAAUUUUUAUUAGAACGUUUUAAGGCUACGUAUCUUCGUCAUAUUUGUCCCGAGUUUGACGAGAAUUUUUCGUUAUACAAACCGAAUUUAGAAUUGCCUACGAUGCGUAAACCAACGAAUCAGAGUCAGGAUAAUUAUGUAUUGUGUAAAGUUGCUUUAAUUAAGUGGAUCGCUGGUUUUACCCAUAUCGCUAGAAAAGAUGUUCGUGUCGCAAACCUUUCACAUAGCACAACUCCAAAUGAAGAAAAUACAGAAUCAGAACUUCGUCGAGUUUCAGUCACUCAGAAUAGCGCUGACUCAACUUUAUUAUCUCCUGAAUCAACUGUGUCUCAGCAAGAGAAUCAAAAUCAGGAAGAUAGUACUGUUUCAGCAGUUACUCUCGUUAGGGAAGUUCUGUACAGUAACAGGGAUAAUGUGAAUUUUGUGCAUGAAUUGUAUAGACAAGCAUUUUUGUUAGACUUUAAUCAUGCUGGUGCUAUAAGGAAAGCUAUAGCUGUUUAUAAAGAUUGGAUUCAAAUGAAUGAAUUACCACCAUUCAUGUUAGAACCAUUGGAUUGUCAUAAAGAAAGAGAUUUUGAGGAAAAUUCGAGAAAAGAUCUCGCCGACAUUGAUAAAAGCCCUUCGGAGAGCUAUCGUCAAACAAGAUUAAGAAAUGAUUCUUACCUUGGUGCUAUACACAGAGAAAAUUUAUUUAUAAGAGCGGGGCUACAAAAUGUUUUACAAGUGUUCAUUACGCAAGCUUCUAACGUUUUCUUCUUGGAGAAUUCUGGACCGAAUGCAUCUUUGACAUUGCUAGAAGAACAGACUGAUAGUUGCAAAAGAGUUCUGAACGUGUAUCGAUACGUUGUAAUGAAUUCUCGAUUAGAACCGGGUACUUGGGAACAGUUACUUAGAGUAUUAUUACAAAUAACAUCGCUUGUUUUAAAUGAGAAAUCGUCUCGACGUAAGAUUCAAGAAAGCAUUGGUGGUAAACUUGCCCCUGCCAUAUUUCAAACUUUGAUCGUUACGUGGAUUAAAGCCAAUUUAAAUGUUGUUAUUUCUACGCAAUUAUGGGAUCAGUUUCUAGAAGUAUUGACAUCCUUAACACAGUGGGAAGAGCUAAUUCGAGAAUGGGCUAAAACAUUAGAUACUUUAACAAGGGUGCUUGCCAGGCAUGUGUAUAACUUGGAUUUAAACGAUUUACCAUUGGACAGAUUGAGUGAACAAAAAACUAAAAAGCGUCGUGGUGUUGGAAGCCGAGCUGCUUCCACGGGAAGUGUUCAACCACCGCGCAAAGGGAGCGUUGAUCAAGAUAAUAACACCGUGUCUAAAGAAAAUGUUUCAGAUCAUCCGAUGCGAGAUUUAAGAAAGAUACGACCACUUCCUCGUAGCGCAAGCGAUAACAAUAUUUAUAAUGGAAAAGCACGUACUAAGCUUCAUAGGAAUCGUACACACACUGUACACAGUGGUAUUCCUGUACUCCCCCUAUCGAUAGAGCAAGAUAUGGCGCGGCUACUGUCAAAUGGUAUUACUUCAUCGUCGGCAACUGGUCGAAAAAUGUUACCGAACAGACGUGCUAAGUCUUUGGAUAGCAUUGUAAUAGUCGAUAGCGAACCACCGUCGCCACGUUGUCCAUCUCCAACACCGAGCAGCGGAGUCGACAGCAACAAAGACAGUCCAAUACAAAUAGAGAACAUUGAUGGCAGUAGUAUCGACACGAAUGAUGCUUCCGAGAGAAGAUCUGUUAUGGCUGGUGGUGGAGUUCGUGGAUGGUUACCCGACGUUGCUGUCGUAUUAUGGCGUCGUAUGCUAUCGGCAUUAGGGGAUGUAAAUAAUAUUCAAGACCCUACUCUUCAUGGACAAGUGAUGGAUUAUCUUGUUCAACUUACACAAACACUUAUAAAAAUUCGCUUGAACCAGGGUGUGUCUGGUGACAAUCAGGCAACUCCUCCAGCUCCAGAACUUAUACCUCCAUUGACAGUCAUUGCCCCAUGGUGUUUCAAGGCGAUACAACUUCCUAGUCAAUAUGAAGUUGGUAAAUUGGCAGCAUACCGUUUGAUCUGCCUUUUGACAGUUCAACCACAAGAUAUUAACUUACCGAAACAACAUUUGACUCUUUUUUAUCGCGCGGUUCAUAAUGGUAUCGUUAGUAACGAUUGCAAGGUAUUACACGUACUGGUCAAAUAUACCGGUCCUAGGUUGUUCAGUUUGAAUCUUCCUGGAUCUAGCCUUUUGAUCUUAGAUUACAUCCAUGCUGCUAAUGUAAUAUUGAGCAGUCAAGACAUUGAGGCACCAAGAACUGAAGCUGUCUCGAUAAUUGGGUCAUUACUGUCUUUACCAACUACCCCAGUUAAAUUACCCGUAUUGCAGCCUACCGCGGCCGAUAUCGUAACUAUGACAUGUCCAGAUGCAAAGGAACAUAUAAUUACGAUACUUUUGAGAAGUUGUAGACGAGAACCAACCGGUAUUGCAAGAUGUACAGCUCUCUCGAGCAUUGCUAUGUUUGUAUACAGGGAAUUGUGUUAUAAAAAUCAACAUCCAAGAAUUCCAGAAGCUGUUACGGUUCUUCUUUUAGCGCUUAAACGGAUGCAAGGGGCAGGGCGUCGCAGAGCUGGUUUCUGUUAUCCACUAAUGGAUCAGGCCAAUCAUGCCACUGUUGCUCAAGUGGCAUGUGACUCUCUUUUAUUGUUAUGUGAUAAAGCAGACACCCUGUUAGAGCUGUAUCCAAAUGUGCCAUGUAAAAUAAUUCAAAUUUUAUCAGAAACACUUGGAUAUAUGAGCACACGAGAAAGACGCGGUCCUUUGACUAUAUCAAUGUUAUUCUGCUUGGGCGAGUGGGCUAUGCAUCUGGGUCCAUCUUUUCUAUUACGCAUUUUCCAAGGAAAACCUCUGUUAAUGAUAUUAUUUACAGUUUUGGAUAACAUAGUACAAGAUAAAAUCGAUACGGAUGUGUCGCAAGCGAAUAGAAAUCAUGAGGAUGAAGAUGAUGAUUUUGAUCCUGAUAUUACAUUAGAUAAUUUAGCUGACGAAGUUUGUGCGAAAUCACCUCGUCGAGGCAAUAUUCAUUCUGUUCAGUUAGCAGCAAAAAUGGUAAUGAUGCAUUUAAUAAAUCAUUUGGGACAUUUUCCAAUGGGUAUCGGAGCCGCGCGAUUAUCUUCGUUAGUUGUCGAAUUGGAUGAUGUACCGGGAAUCGAUGGAGAUGAAUUAUCUUCUGCAAUCUUUCAUGCACCAAAUAUACAAUUGUUAAUGUUAUCAAAUUCUGUAAUAAUGUCGCUUGUUGAAUUGGCAGCAUUAGAUGCGCCUGGUGGAGGCGUUACAGCUGGAUUAACAACAGCACCAUCGUUAGUUAGAGUGUUACUGCGAGAUUUAGCAGGAAAAGCUUCAUGGGAUAGCUCUAUUUUAUACAGUCAACCGUUUGUUGAAGACGACGUGCCGAUUGCAUUUACAAAACACGUUGAGUGGAAAACAAAAGGGCAUGGAGAAGAUUUGUGCAGCGUUACAACGUCUCAAACGUGUACGCCUCGACAUACGAUAAGGCAUCGUGAGCCACAUAUAUUGCCUACGUUUGCGAAUGCCGCAAGUGAUAUGGACAAUUUAGACGAUCUCUUACAAUACAUAGGACAUACCAGCCCGGAAGUAUUAACCAAUCCAGAAAUAGCACUUAAUGCGCCUGCUAAUCCACCACAAGGACAUUAUCUUGAAAGUGAAACCAUUGCCACAAUUCUUAGCCAGAGAAACGCUGAACAAGAGCAUAUCAACAAUUGGAAUCAGCACAUUAGCAUGUGUGCAUCAGCAAUAAGCCCACCAUCGUGUCGUCCACCUCCAGCACCGUUUCAUCACUGCCGUCUUUUGUUUUCGCACUUGGGUUUAUCUGGUUGGGAACAACGUAGAAAACUGCAUUUAUUAUCCAAAAACGAAAAGCUUCUACGCGAAUUACGAAAUCUCGAUAGUCAACGAUCCAGAGAAACGCAUAAAAUAGCAGUGAUUUAUGUUAGCCAGGGACAAGAGGACAAGAACUCCAUAUUGAGUAACGUCACUGCUAGCAAAGAAUACGAAAGCUUUAUUGCUAGAUUAGCUUGGGAGGUUGAACUUGAAUCGCAUACAGGUUUUCUCGGAGGUCUUGUACCUGGAAAAGCAUCCGGUGUUACAGCACCAUAUUUUGCAACGUCUUUCACUGAAAUCCUUUUUCAUGUAGCAACACGAAUGCCUUCUGAUAGUCCCGAAAGUUUGUUGCAAAAAACACGACAUCUCGGUAAUGAUGAGAUUCACAUAGUUUGGUCCGAACAUUGGAGAGAUUAUCGUCGGGAUAUUAUACCAACUGAAUUUUGCGAUGUUUUAAUAGUGAUUUACCCAUUGCACAAUAAAUUGUACAGAAUUCAAAUUUCUCGAAAACCAGAAAUUCCAUUUUUUGGUCCUCUAUUCGAUGAGUGUGUCGUUGAAGAUAAAGUUUUACCUGGGCUAGUAAGAACAACAGCAUUGGCGGCAAGUAGGGCAAAACGGUCUACACUUACAUUGUAUCAGCAUUAUUAUGAAGAGAGAGCGAGGUCUAUCGAUACUGUCAUGAGAAAUCACAAAGAAGCCACUACAUUUGAAGAAUUUACAGCUAAUGUAUAUUCACCAGUACAGCCACAAAGUCCAUUUAGUGGGGCUUCUUCGGUAUCUGGAUCUACAACAAGCGUGCAAUCCACAGCAUCGUCAAACCUUGCAGCGGCGCUUAUAGAUUCACAUCAGGGUCGAUCCGGUCUGCGAAGUUCUUCGGCAGCAAGCAGUGAUAAUCGCGCGAAUAGAGUCUUACACAAUCUAUUCAGAGUUUCUGACGGAAGCAGAGUAUGGUUUAGUAAUGAUACUCCAGACAGUACCGCGCUUCAUGGAAUAUCUCCCAGACCCGUAAAAAAGAUGUCGUUUAAAACUGGACCGAAACAGAGAGCGAACACUCAACCCACACCUCCAGAUAGUCCGAGAUACAAAUAAGGAGUUUUGUACUAGUAUCAUAAAGAAAAGAACAUUUUUUGCACAAAUGGUCGUUUGGGCAUGUAUCCUAAAUAUUGUAAUCUAAAAGGAUUCUUUAAAAUGCUAUGUGUUACAAUAACAUGAAAAGGCUAGCCCACAGUUUUUGUGCAUUGAAAAGGAGUAAAUGCAUAAGCGACGCAGUGAUAGACUCACCAUCUUUAAACAGAAGGAAGAAUUCUUAAACAGUGGGCGCCGAACAUCCGAUUAGUCUUAGCGUUUUCUGUUUUCCGUCCUUAGGUUUAAUUUUUAUAUUAAAUGUACAGAUCGUUGUUUAUUUGUUGCAACGUGAAUAUUAAUUUAUUGGAACGUAAUUAUACGAAAGGAUAUAACGGAUCAUAGGUAAUACAAUAGCAACUAGAUAUUUGUUACGUACACUAAUUAGUGUCAAAUGACAGCUAUUUUCAUUGUACAGUACUUCCUUAAGAUCAGUUUAUCCGUGUACUUGAAUAGAUAAGCUUGAAUAAUUAAUAUCGAUUAAAAGCUUCUAUUUGAAUUUAUCUUGAGAAGAUAAGACGAGCUCUUCGAUGUUAUAUAUAUACAUAUACAUGCCUUCAUAAAAUUAUUUUAUUUCUUGUAAUGUAGUAAGAUGAUGAAAAAAUGAGCGAACAUUACCAUAUAAUCACAGAAUGCGUCUAUGUAAGUGUUGAAAUAAGAAUCAAAUGUUAUUUUUUAACGACAAAGUUUUACGAAUUAACGUCACGUCUGUUAGGUACUGUAAUAAGUUAUAUAACUUCAUCCGAUCUCGGAUUGACAUGUUUGAAUGAUCGAGUAGUAAUAAUUUAAUAUGGUCAUUUAAAAAAAAAAUUUGUUUACGCGUUACAUUCCAUACAAACCGUCUUUUUUUGUAUGCUAUUCAUUGUCCACGAUUUGAGUGAAAUUUUGAAUAUAUUUCCAUGGAUGGUUUAAAGCAUUCCAUAUACGUUUUGUAUAAUCAAGUUUAAUAACUGGAGUUCUCUGGAAACAAACGUCAAACAGAAGUAAGAGAAUCGUUUACGAUGGCAUACAUUAUGCAGGAUGAAAGUUCAAUUGAAAAACAAUUUUUGUUGUUAUACCAUAGGUACACAUAACUUGGUGCUUUACAAUACGUAAAAUAGAGAUAUUUUAAAUACUGUAUCAAAACGUGUUAUUUCUGAAUAACGAUGACGAAAUUGAAAAGAGAAGAAUAUUAAAAAAAAAAAGAAAAAGAAAGAUAAAGGAAGAGAGAAACGAAACUAAACGAGAUUGAGAAAAGUGAGACUUGAAAGUAAAUUGUAACGAAAGAAGAAUAUUAUUUGCUUCAGAAAGAAUUCAUCUUGAACACAGUGAUAAUAAUCAAAGUAUUAAUAUCGUUCGUCGCAGUCGAAUAUAUAAACGGAAUUUUAGGAGAGAAAUUGUAUUGUGGUGAAUAUAUUGAAUACGGUAUUCAGGUGUGUUGAGAGAAAUUGUAAUAAAUAUACAUUUCAAGUUUUUUGACCAUUUUGAGGAUUAUCAGACGAACCGCAUUCGAAUGUGUAGGUAUUUAGCAACGAAGUUGUAGGUAAAUAAUAAUUACCAAUACGCAGACCAUGGCCAAAGCAGCAUUAUUUUUUCACUAAUUUAUAACGAAGUAGAUCGAGAGGAGAAAAACAGUGUGUAUAUGUAUUGUACAUAAAUUGUUAAGCACGUGAAGUGACGUUGGAGUCAUUGAACGGAAAAUUAUUCUCUGCGCAAAACAUUGUAUCGCUAUGUUAUUGAAAGAAAAGGAAAUGAAAAAUAUUGGUCUAUAUAUAUAUGUGUGUGUGCGUAUUAUACAUAUAUAUAUACACAGAGAAGAGAAAGAAAAAAGAAAAAAAGAUGAACUUAUUACAGUCUUGCGUAGGAAUGCUUUUACAAAUCGUAUUUAAAUAGUGUACUUAAUUAUCUUUAUUACUAUCUUUAUUACUAUCAUUAUAACAAUCGCUCGCUGUUAUUUAUGUUACAAAAAUAUACAAAUUGCUGUUAACAUUAUUAGCACAGCACCGAACUAUUUUUCUUACUGGAUAAUUGUGCUUUAGAAUUGAAUUUAACAAUGAUACGCUGUGAGAAAUAUUGAAAGAGACUCAUUGAAACAUUUCCAUGAGAGUUAACAAUGCGAAUGAUUGUUCUGUUCAUUGAAAGUUUGAAUUUAUAUUGUCGAAAAAGAAAAAAAAAAACAAAUUACUUAGUUUUUUCCAAUUUAUUUGUUACUCUUUUCUUUUUACAAAUUGACAUAAUCAAAUCUAAGUCUACGUCUAUAAAAAAAGGGAAAAAGUACUAAAAAAAAAGAAAUAUUUAAGAGUAUUUAAUUGUUCAUGCAAGAUAAUCUGCAUUAUACGAAUUUUAUCGUAUCUCUUUACUUAUACAAGAGUGUCACUUUGUUUUCCAACGAUUUAAAAAAAAAAAAGAAAAAAAAACGAAAGGUAUGUACAAAAGGUACGAGUUUACGAUUCGUCGCUUCUAUGCGAUGUAAAACAGAGUUAAUAUAUACAUAUAUAAUUAUUGUUUUAUACAACAUUGAGAGGAAUACUAUACGUUACCCUCUAAUUCAACUUUUCUGCCAAAAAAAAAAAAAAAAAAAAAAAAAAAAAAAAAAAAUAAAAUCGCGUAGAUACUUUCUUGUUCAUACGAAAUUAAACGAUGAACAGCGAAAGGAAGAAAAUGAAUUGUCUCGGAUCAUUAGUUCAAUAGGGGGCGUCGUUGAGAAAUUUCUGGCAAUUAGAAUUUUACAGCGCCGUUUAUUACGGUUCCUCGAAUAAUUUAGAAUUUCUGAAAUUUUUCAUAAAAUUACGAUGUUGUACGAUCCUGUAUCACGAAAUUCGAAUUCUGUAAGAACGUUUAUAGCAACAUAGGACAGCUAGUAAUUGAGUAGAGAGAAAGAGAGAGAGAGAGAGAAAGAAAAAAGAUGAAAUUAAGUACGAACACGUUAGGCAACGUUUCUUUUCUUGUAGCAACGUUACUCGAAAUUGACUUAAUACGCUAGCCAUUAUUCCUCUACAAUUGAAACUCGUUACCCAAAGACUUUUCUCUGACAUCGUACUGAUUGUACACGUUUCUGCGACGGAAUGUACAUUUUAUUGCACAAUAAAAUUAUGAUGACCGAUUUAAA